CGACGCUCACCAGCAUCAACGACCGUCUUUAGGGCUGAGCCCACGUCUUCUCCUACUUCGACAUGUACCGACUCCUCACCGAGCCCCAGAACAAUAGGUCUUGGUACAUACAGAAGCUUGAACGACGUCACCUGGCUGCCAGACGCCCGAAAUAGCAAGUCCUUGCAUGCCGGUCAGCACGUUUCCCUGAAGCCCUACCUGGAUAAAGCAAUUUCCUAUUUCUCUUGAUCUACCCUCAUCACCGCGCAUCCCCCACUUAUAACGCGUACCCCGCUAUGAGCGACAGCGACUCCGAAGGCGGCGAGAUGGGCGGUGUUGAGGCGACCGUAUGGCCGCAUCCCGAGAACGUCACAUUGUCGAUGAAUGCAGAUCGACUAGUCAACAUCGUAGACACCGAUACGGAUGGCGAGGUCCCAGAAGACAUCCAGAAACUAGUUGACUGUCUUGACUGCGGAGCAUCUGCCCAUCAGUGGCUUUCGACAUGGCAGGGUGGUUCAGGGCAUUGCCACACGGCUCAAGCUCAGCAUGUACAGGCUGCAAAUAACGACGUGCCCCAUCGCGAAGAAGAUCGCGUCAGCGACAACGAGCGCGCCAUAUUGAACGAGCUAUACCCCUCAGUCCUGCACGCCAUACAGCUGCUUCAGCACUCUGUCUCGCGCCCCAUGAUCGCCACGCCAGAGAUCAUGACCAUCUUCUACUCCGUCAUACGCGUCGUCUUCAAGGAUCAUAUACAAUACUCCGGCGGCGGCGCCACAUAUGCAGUCGCGCGACCCCUCCAAGAUCACCCUCCCCUCGAUCCACAGAAAUACCGUAUGGCGGACAUCAUCGUCCUCUCACCGCAUGCUGCUGCUGCAUCCGCUAUUCCCCGCUACCUCCGCAGCGCGCACGCCUACCAGGCGACCGACAUGGCGGACGACGGCGAGGAGGGGCUCAUGGGCCCGCCACGCACGGAGCCAGCGAAGACAACGGCUGCUACCAUAUCCGCGGCAGGCAGCACGACCGACGUCGACAUGGAAGAUGCAGCGGACCAAAUUGACCGCGAGGCGCAACUCAUUCGGACGGAGGGCGACAAGCCGCAGGGGCCUGCGGCCCUCGUCGUCGCUCAGCUCGGAGAACUUCCGUCCCUGCUGGCCAGCGCAGUAUAUCACCGUCAGUAUCUAGGGCUCUCGGACCCUGUCAUCGGCGUUGGCUUUUCGAAGAUGAGAGGCAACGUCCGCGUCGUGAUCGCCUGGCUGGACCACCAGAAGGAGGACGAGGUCGGCUUGCGCGGCAUCCGCCUCGCCCCCCUCUCCUCCCAAAAAUUCCCUGGCGCCGACUUUAACCUCACCGAACCCGCCGAAGUCGUCCGCCUCGCCCUAUUCCUCAUCCGCGCGCAGAGCAUCACCCACACGACCACGCCCACCGACUUCGCCCGCCCCUGGCGCGCGGACACCUGGGCGCCGCACGCCGUGCACUCGACGAAGGGUAACAUCGCGCAGUGGGUCGACGAUGUGCAGAACUGCCCAGCGCCGAGCACCGUCGACUCGGAGGAUCUCGCGUCGAACCUCGAGGAGGGAUCGGAGGUCGCGUCGGUGGCGUAAGGUUUUAGGGCGUUUGGAUGCGUCUGUGCAAAUCGUUCGCGGAUGAUGAAGGGCUACAACGGCUAUUCAUUAUGUACGUCGAUACUUUGAGAAGGGAUGGGGGAUCUGUGUCCAGUAGUGUAGUCCAUCAUGUACUUUUUGUUGCUCGAGAGUCUAGGCAUCAUUUUCGGACAGCAAGCCAUAGCUACAUCUGAGGGCACAGUUGUGUAUAGUCUUCCUCUCUUCUAUACUUUUCUUCGCUCGCCA